AUGAGCCAGGGCCGGGGCACCGGCUCUGCGCGGACACCCAAGUCCAAGGCCAGGGGCUGCGAGUGGAGCCGUGCGGUGGCCACAGUGGCCACAGUGACCUUGGGCCAGCCUCGCUGCCCAGACACCAAAUCCCGCCCGGGCCGGUCAUCCGUGCGCAGUAGAGAGGCCGCGACUCAGGAGACAACCAAGGAACUGCAAGUGUCUGCUGCGGGUGGCACAGAAGAUGUUGGCAAUUUGCUGGAGAGUCAUUUCUCUGCUGGAGACGCCAGUCUAGAGGAGAAGGAGCGGGGACUCUAUGCAGAGGCCACGCCUCGAGACCAGACCUCGCCCCUUCACUACCCGGAUGGCAGGGAGGCCGAGAGCCCCGACACCACCUCAGGGGCCCCCAGCGCCGCCGCCGCCCCUGGCUCGGACCCUGAAGCCAGCCUCGUCAAUGCCUCGGCCUCAGAGUCGGCUGUGCCCCAGGACCCUGCCUGGCCUGGGGAGGAGGCGGCGGGAGCAGCGGGUGUGAGCAGCCUUCCUUCAGAAGGAGAGGGGCGUCCCCGGGAAGAGGGGAGGCCAGAACUUAGUUCUGGGGAGGGCCCUCUGGAAGAAGGGCCUGGCCUUGGGCUCCCCACAGAGGGAGCUGCCCACCGAGAGGCCACAGAGGCCGGGCAAGACGGGGCACCCGUGGAAGACCAGGCGGCCCCGGGCCUCCGGACCCGGCGGGAAGCGGCAGCAGCGACCGCGGCCCCCGACGCCGCCGAGGGGGCCUCUGCUGGCCUGGCGAUGGGGGAGGCGCGUGGCCCUGGGCCAGGGGCUGGCGAGGGCAGCCCCGGGGCUGAGCCGGACCCAGAAGUGACUGCUGGGGCCGAAGACGUCGACGCCGAGGCCCGGGAGCGGGCUGAGGACCACGGCGAGCCCAGCUCUAGCCCGGCCCCCGAGGCCAGCGUGGAGACCGGGACGGAGGGCACAGAGCACGCCGAGGUGGGGGGCGCCCGGGAGGCCCCCGCCACGGAGGGCCCGCCACCAGGGAAGCCUGAGGAGGGCCGCGAGGCAUCCUCUGAGGAAGAGGGCGGCGAGCACGGCGGAAGCGAGGAAGGAGGGGCGCCGUCCCUGGAGGAAUCCGAAGAGGACAGUGGAGACGGGGCCAGCUCAGAGGAAGCGGAGGGCGGCCCCGGCGACGCGGAGGAACCGUCUCUGGAGGCCCAGGAACCUGGGGCACCCUCACCGGAAGACCGCUUCCUCUCCGGGCAGCGGGGAAGCAAGGGGGCGGGGCCUGCUCGGGCACCCCGCCGCACCCCGCCUUCCUGGCGGGGCACCCCUGCUCCGUGUCUGUCGGGGCGCACGUCGGGGGCUGGACUGGGCCUCAGGGCCCUCCUGGGGACAGCCUGCCGCCGGCCGGUGUUCCGAGGGCGCCGGCGGCCUGACCCUAUGCCCGCUUCUGUCCCCAGAGGAGGUGGAGGAUGUGAGUGA